AUGGUUUCUGUAUCUGUGCCUAUGACGUAUUUUGUAAAUAAUAAGUGUAUGGAGUGGGGGUUGGGGGGGAGGGAUGCCAAUACUGAUGAUGAUGAUGAUGAUGAUGAUGCUGCUACUGAUGUUAACGUUGACGUCGGUGAGACGAUGACAAUAAUUAUGAUGGCGAUAGUAGCAAUAGUGAUGGUCAACAGGAAGCAUCAACAAAGACAGUAA